GGGGGGCGUCCGAGGCGCCAUGGGCCCGCUGCCCCUGCUGCUGCGGCCCCUGCUGCUGCGGCUCCUGCUGCUGCGGCCCCCGGCCCCGCACCCUGCGCCGCAGGCCUUGGCGGGGCUGCGGCUGGCCGUGCUGGCGGGGUGGCUGGCGGGCGGCGGGCGCGGGGUGCGGGCGGCGUUGGCCUGCGAGCCGGUCCGCCUGCCCCUCUGCCGGGCCCUGCCCUGGAACCUGACCAAGAUGCCCAACCACCUGCACCACAGCACCCAGGCCAACGCGCUGCUGGCCAUCGAGCAGUUCGAGGGGCUGCUGGGCACGCGGUGCAGCCCCGACCUGCUCUUCUUCCUGUGCGCCAUGUACGCGCCCAUCUGCGCGGCGGACUUCCCCCACCAGCCCAUCAAGCCCUGCAAGGCCGUGUGCGAGCGGGCCCGCCGGGGCUGCGAGCCCGUCCUCCUCCGCUACCGGCACGCCUGGCCCCGCAGCCUGGCCUGCGAACACCUGCCCGUCUACGACAGGGCCGUCUGCAUCGCCCCCGAGGCCAUCGUCACCGACCACCCCGACGAUUUCCCUGUGGAUUCUAGUAAUGGUAACUGUAGAGGCUCUGGCAGUGAACACUGCAAAUGUAAGCCGAUCCGAGCCACCCAGAAGACGUAUUUCCGGAACAAUUACAACUACGUGAUUCGGGCUAAAGUGAAGGAGAUAAAGGCGAGAUGCCACGACGUCACUGCUGUAGUGGAAGUGAAGGAAACUAAAUCUUCUCUGGUGAGCAUCCCGAAGGACACCGUUAACCUCUACACCAACUCCGCUUGCUUAUGCCCUCCGCUCGCCCGCCAACGAAAGAGUACAUCAUCAUGGGAUACGGAAGAUGAGGAGCGUUCCAGGUUGCUCCUGGUGGAAGGCUCGAUAGCGGAGAAAUGGAAGGACCGCCUGGGCAAAAAAGUCAAGUACCGCUGGGACCUUAAGCUCCGUAACUUGGGGGAGAGCAAAAACGAGCCAGACAGAGCGAAUCCGCUCAGAAAUCCAGGCAAGAACAAUAACCCCCGGCAGAACUGAAUGUGAAAUGCCUAAACGUCAGAUCCGAUGGACUUUGAAUUGACUCGCAAUGUGGGAGCAGCAAGGAAGAAAAUUGCACUAUUGCACGUUAUAUCAUAUUGUUACUACAGGAUCAUGUCAUUACUUGUAAUAGUUCUUGUUUUCCCUUCUGUUUUCUCCUUGUUUUGUGUGUGUGUAGGGGGGGAGGCAGGGACUUCUGGGUGCAACCUUUUAAAGGCUUUUUUCCCCAUCCACGGUUGAGACUGCCUUCAGCGAUUUAAAGAAAAACCAGGGUGCUUUUUCUGGCAUUUACAGGACCCUGGGCAGGGACAGCAAAAUGACAGACUCUGAGUGACUUCUGACAGGCACAGAGUGAUGGGAUCUGGUAGAGAAAAGUCUCUCACAACCCAGACUCUCCCAUACCCUUUCCCCUCCUCUCCUCCUCCAAAGCAGAUUUGUUUUUUGGGUUUUUUAAUGAAAUAAGGCCGGUCGGAAUUCCCCGGCCCUGGCACCGGGGCAACAGGAGCCCACAACGUAAAGCGAGCUUGACAACGACGACAAAAAUAGGCUCGCCACAAUGGAGAGAGCAUUUUGUCGGAUGGAAGAUCCCGAUUUAAACUGGUAGCCGGCAGGGGAAGAACGACCAUUUUUAUUGGAUUUUUUGCAGUAGACUGGACUAAUCCAAAGGCAGUGUAGGGAAGAGGUUGAUCCUACCACCUGCAUUAGCACUCCUAGCUAUUCCUAGCGCUCUCUUGACUUUGCUUCCUCUUAUGUAAACCAGUGGGGUGAGAAACUUUUUCCCCCUGGAAACAUUAGGCUAACUCGCCGCCCUGACCCGGACGAAAGAUAAAGUGUGUUGGCUGGAGACCAGGGAACGCUUCGAAUGGUUCCAUUUUGAAAACCCUUCUGGGAAAUGGGAGUUGGCUCCAUUCCCUGAUUAGACCAUCGGAAGGAAUUUUUACCCUCCGACCUCAGCGGUGCCAUAUGUGGGACUUGAGUUAGAGAGACGUCGAAUGACCAGCCCAGACUCUUAAGCAUCCUGCCAUAGUGUCACGGUUUGAUUGGGACUUGCGCUCAGACAGAGUUGAAGGCUCGGUCAAGCCGUCUGAUGGAGGGGAUUGAGAGAGAGGUAAUGCCAAUUUUGACCCGAGGGCCCAGCUAAUGACCCCCGUGGUACGAUUCUGCCCUGGAGUGGACAGCAGAACCCAAGUAAGUGAUGUAACUCCUCCUCCUCCCAUAGAGGCUGGUGGAACUCCUGCCCAUCGUUUUCAAGCCUCGUUCACCUCUAUUUACAUAUCAUGCUAUUAGUAGGAUACCAAAUGUCUGAGCUAUGAUAUGCAGAAAAUAAAAUAUUAUAAUGCAA